UCCUUUGGUCGUGCCUUGUGGUGAUGGUGGUAUUUGGAGAUAAUGAAGAUGUCGACGAAGAACAGGAUUUGACCUCAACCACUGAAGAACCACCGGAGACGACAACCAUAUUGGUAGAGGAGGAGGUUGUUGUGGAGGUCGGUAAUACUAGUCGACUAGAGAUAACCGAGUUGAAUAGAGGGCUUCAAACGCGACUCAAAGUUAACCACCGGAACGUAACCGCUCGUUUAGAAGAUUGUCAAGAUGUGAAGCUUCUCCAACCCGACCUGUAUUUUGGUAUCAAAACAGAUGACAGUGGCCCUAGGAAACUUCCACCUUUGACUAAUCUGACGUGGAGCAAUGACAUCCUGAGGCCAAUCUUAUGCGCCACCGAAUUCGUGGUCGUUUACGAGGUGCUUGGAAACACGAGCGAGACCUCGUCCAUUCUCUGUCCAAGUUUUGACGUCAUUGACAACCAUAACAAUUUAACAUGUCAAGCCAACUUCACCCAGGACCUUUGCAACCAGACCCUCAAGUUCAAAUUGGAGGCUUGGAUCAUCACCGGGGAAUUGUUCCAACCUGAAUCGGAACCGGUGCUCAUUGAUUGCGAUCCGGAUUUCGUCACUGUGUUCCAAAAUGAGACGGAUCAUCUGUAUCAAGCUAUGGUUCAACGACAGGAACAAAAUAGUUUGGUUGAUGUAAAGGACACGGACAACGGAGUUGAGCCAAUUGAAGAGGCUACAAGUUCGGAUGAUGACGUGGAUCUGUUUCCUUUGGUGCUGAAUCCGAAAAAGGCAUCUUGCUCGUGGAGCUCCUGGUCCCCGUGGUCCAAAUGUCCCCAACGAUGUGGGGACACAGCUGGGGUACGAACUAGAUCCAGAUCCCAGAGGGGAAGCCGAUUUUGCGGCAAGAUUGAGGAGGAAACUAAACCUUGUUAUGUGAACAAAUGUCCGCAAGAUUGCGUUUUUGUAACUUGGUCCGAAUGGACCAGUUGUUCCCAGACAUGUGGAACAGGCACCAAGGCCAGAACUCGAAGCGUUGGCCGAGAAGCGGAAUUUGGCGGCAAGCCUUGCAUCGGGAAAACGACGGAAAAAGAGCCUUGCUCGAUCAACAAUUGUGCUGUGGAUGGGAUGUGGUCCGAGUGGUCCACAUUUGGGUAUUGCGAUCGGCCAUGUGGAAACGGAACACGUGUUCGAACCCGAAGUUGCACCAACCCAUUCCCGGAAAACGGAGGCACCAAAUGUGAUGGCAAAAGUCAGGAGGAAGAGCCAUGUUUGAUAAAGGAGUGUGAGCCUAUUGACGGUCAAUGGAGUCUCUGGUCUCGUUGGUCCAGUUGCAGUACAACCUGUGGCAAAGGUAAGAUUACGCGAACCAGGACCUGUUCCAGACCUGAGCCGGAAUAUGGCGGGCAAAAUUGCACCGGGGACAAUGAGCAACACCGCCAAUGCUUCUUGGGCAUCUGUAGUCAGCCAGUGAACCCAAGUACUCGUCCAAAGGUACCGAGCUUUGACAAAAGACCAUCCUACAUCAACUCCCGGCCUUUCGUGGAUCGCUAUCUCGUCACCGGAAACGGGAACAAAAAGUACUCUUUGAGCCUCCGGAACAGUAUUCUGAAGCGGAAGCCUGAGAAUGUCCACCCUUUGCUGGACGAGAACAUGAUGAUCGACGAAGCCGAACGGUGCCCGCGACCUCCUCAUUACAUUCUAGGGUUUCAAGGCCCAUUCAUCACACCCGGACUUGACGAGGAAGCCGACAUGUACUUUCCAGAAUACAACGAGACCAUCUAUUACAAAUGCCGCCACGGAAAGGUGACCAAUCCUCGGACGAAUCAAAACAUUUUUCGCACUCAUUGCAUUCCCUCGUUCGGCUACGUUGACUUGGAAAAGGCCAGCUGUCAAUGGCCCAGUCACUGUAUUGGACCCCCCGACCUGCCUGAGGACAACCAAGAUGGUGUUCUAUCUGUGCCUAGGAGAGACGCUCCACUUAACUCCAAGGCCAUUCUUGUGAAUAAGCAAGAUUCCAGUGUGCUGUCAAUCGGAUAUUGCUUUCCGGAUGGGAAAUAUCGGUUCGAGUCCUCUGAGUGGAACGCUCCAACUUUUCCCUCUGCUCUAACUUUAUCCGGUUGCAACGGGAAUGGCUCCGGGGUACUCAAGCUGUCGGAUGUCGAUCAGUUCGGUUGGAUUCAUUUGGAUGGAAAUGAGACCCACAAUUGCCGAUUGGAGGGUCCCAUUGGAUAUGGGUUCCAAAUUGGGUUGUCUGAUUUGGCUGAUUUAGAUCCGCCGAGGGUUGUGGAUCAUUUUUUUGGCCUCCAAUUGGAGUUUGGGUCUUCGUCGAAUCGCUUAUUUCCCUCGCAUAACAUCUCCAUUACAAUCAAUCCCAAUGGCAUUAGCAGACUAUUGCUUGUCCUUGUAACUGAUCCUUAGCACCCUUCAAGUGCACACAUGGCCAUGCCAGUUUUACAUGGCCAUGCCAGUUUUAUUGAAUAAAUUUCAUCCUCUUUUGUCAACCCUU